AUGGCUAAAACUCUUCUUAAAACACAAAACCUGUUUUCUGCUAUCCUUACGCUCGUCCUCUUUUUUCUGUUGCAAUUCAGCAAUGUCAAGUCAGAUUCAUUUUCAUUCAGUUUCUCCAGUUUCGGGCCAGAACAAAAUUUUGAUAUAGGUUAUCUUGGCGAUGCCCGUCCAUCAGGUGGGGUUAUACAACUAACAAGAAGAGAUGGACCAGAUGGUAUUACUCUCCAGAAACACAGUGUUGGUCGAGCUGUUUAUAUUCCACCAGUGCGCCUGUGGGACAAAAGCACAGGCAAACUUGCAGACUUCGAAACUGAGUUCUCAUUUGUGGUGGACUCAGCUGGUAGAGCAAUCCAUGCCGAUGGGUUGGCCUUCUUUAUGAUACCAUUUGAUGCUGACCCCAGAAUUCCUAAAAAUUCAACUGGAGGAUACCUUGGACUAUUUAGUCCUGAAACUGCUUUCAACACAUACAAAAAUCAAAUUUUGGCUGUUGAAUUUGACAGCUUCGGAAAUGUAUGGGAUCCCAAGCCUGUACCAAUAGCUCCUCAUAUUGGAAUUGACAUAAACUCUCUUGCUUCAGCGACCACUGAUGAUUGGCCUAUUAAUUCGGUCCCUGAAGGAUCAAUAGGAAAAGCUGUCAUUGGCUAUGACUCCAAUGCUAAACAAUUGAGUGCCUUUGUCAGUUACAGUGAUGCUAAACAAUCUGUUGGCGUCACACAAACCAUUGAUUUGAGGGGUAUUCUGCCGGAGUGGGUCAGAAUUGGUUUCUCUGCUGCCACUGGUGAUAAUGUUGAAUCACAUGACAUUCUUUCCUGGAAUUUCGCUUCAAAAAUCUAG